AUGCGGCUGUCACUGGCUAUCGCGCUGGCCGCGGCCGCGUUGCUCGCCAGCGCCGGCAUCGUCAUCUCCCCCAUCGAGGCGGACCAGGUCGUCCUCAAGGUGCCGGGAGACUGCUUCUUCGGCGAGGUCACGCCCCAGGGCUGCGGUCCUAAACGUGGUUGA